AUGGGCAUUGAAACGUCUCCGCCUGAUGUCGAGGAAUCGACGGAGCCUCCUAUAUGUCCUUUUACGGACAAACACACUCCAAUCUCAAGCAAUCACACACGUGAAGUAAAAACAGAACUCAGCGUGGCGAAGCUAGAGUAUCCUGCCACUCUAGAAACCUCGACGCCACAGGCCAAUAAAUCGGCAAAUGCUGCCUUUAGCAAUGAUGAUGAGAGCUCAGCUCACUGUGCACACACUCUCUCUCCCGAACAACUGGCAAGUCUUCUCCAGGUCGAUGUUCAAAAUGGCUUGUCAAGUACGGAAGCUGCCACUCGCUUGGAGCGGGAUGGCCCGAACAGGGUUCAAGAAAUCGAGGGCGUAUCGACCUGGAAAAUACUGUUGAGGCAGGUUUCCAAUAGUCUAACUAUGGUUCUCCUCAUCACUAUGGCUAUAUCCUUCGGUAUCCAUGACUACAUCGAGGGAGGUGUGAUCACAGCAGUCAUCGUCCUCAACAUUGUCGUAGGUUUCGUCCAAGACUACCGGGCAGAAAAGACAAUUAUGUCGCUGCAUCAACUCUCCGCGCCUGUAUGCAAGGUAUUGCGAGACGGCCGCGUGGUCUCCGUUCCGGCGGAGUCUGUUGUCGUUGGCGAUGUUGUUCAACUCACAGUUGGCGACAUCGUUCCUGCAGAUCUGAGAUUGAUCGACGGUACGAACGUAUCAAUGGAUGAGGCCUUGCUAACGGGCGAAUCUUUGCCUGUGAACAAGACCGCACAGAUUGUGCUUACUUCCCCCAAUAUGCCCAUCGGCGAUAGAACCAACAUGGCAUAUUCUGGAUGUAGCAUGACACAAGGACGGGCAACCGGAAUCGUCACUGCUACCGGAAUGAAAACCGAAGUGGGCAGAAUAGCUAAACUUCUCCAAGAGACUUCAGACGACGCCGAGUCCAGCAGGCUCGUUCGAGCCGUCCGCCAUGUCAAAUCAACAGCGGAGAAUCUCCUCGGCCUUAUUGGUACUCCGCUACAGGUCAAGUUGAGUAAAUUUGCGCUCCUUCUUUUUGCUCUCGCAGUACUCCUGGCAAUUAUCGUCUUUUCUGUCAACAAGUGGGACCUUGAAGGAGAAGUCUUGAUAUAUGGAAUAGCCAUUGGCGUGGCCGUAAUUCCAGAAUCCCUAAUUGCUGUGCUCACGAUAACCAUGGCGGUGGGCACCAAAGCAAUGGCAAAGGGGAACGUUAUCGUCCGGAAGCUUCAAUGUCUGGAAGCUGUUGGGGGUGUCACAAACAUUUGCUCUGACAAGACAGGAACCUUGACGCAAGGAAGGAUGAUUGCGCGUACGGCGUGGAUACCAGGUGCUGGUACUCUGACUGUUCAGGACACCACCGACCCGUACGACCCUACUAGCGGUUUAGUUCAGUUGAACGGGAGUGACUGGGUUCCUGAAAAACAUGGUGAUCACCCGGCUCUCUCUACUUUUCUCGUCACAAUCUCUCUAUGUAAUAUGUCAGUCGUACAAAAUGAAGAGUCAUCUGGCCCUUCAGGUAGUCGCUGGACUGCUGUGGGGGAACCCACCGAGGUCGCCCUGAACGUUCUGGCGCUGCGUGUUGGUUACGAGAAAUCGACGAUACUGCAGAGAGACGGUAUGCAGCUCCACACAGAGUAUCCGUUUGACUCUUCUAUUAAGCGGAUGACAAUCGUUUACAAAAAUUCGCGCGAAAACAUCAACGAGGUGUAUACGAAGGGAGCUCCCGAAGCUGUUCUACCAGGCCUCGCCAUAUCUGAAAAGGAAAUGGACGACAUUCAGUCUGAAGCUGAUAGAAUGGCCGGGGAAGGUCUUCGAGUUCUCUGCAUUGCACACAAAAGAACAACACUCGAAGACCAAUCCCAAGUGUUUCCACGCGCCAUGGCUGAGGCCAAUCUCGAGUUCUGUGGUCUUGUAGGGCUCUACGAUCCUCCCCGUGUCGAAACCGCUGCUGCUGUUCGAAAGUGUCAGAUGGCCGGAAUCACCGUGCAUAUGCUCACUGGCGACCACAUCAAAACGGCGACAGCAAUUGCGUCGGAAGUGGGAAUCCUUGGUUCAAAGAUGGAUGCCAGAUCAUGUCGCUUGGUCAUGGCCGCUGCCGAAUUUGAUGAACUGUCUGAUGCUGACAUAGACGACAUCGAACAGCUACCCCUUGUGAUCGCUAGAUGUAGCCCUGCAACAAAGGUUCGAAUGGUUGAGGCGAUGCAUCGACGUGGCGCUUUCUGUGUGAUGACAGGCGACGGGGUCAACGACUCGCCCGCCCUGAAACGAGCAGAUGUUGGCAUUGCAAUGGGCAAGAAUGGCAGCGAUGUUGCAAAGGAGGCGGCCGACAUGGUACUCACAGACGAUAACUUCUCAUCGAUUGUGAAGGCAGUGGAGGAAGGAAGACGACUUUUUGAUAACAUUCAGAAGUUCCUGAUGCACCUGCUUAUAUCAAAUAUCGCUCAGGUGAUCUUGCUCUUGGUCGCUCUGGCUUUCAAAGAUAAUCAGGGCAACUCAAUAUUUCCUCUUUCGCCGCUUGAAAUCCUCUGGGCCAACUUAGUCACUUCGUCGUUCCUGGCUUUAGGGUUGGGAUUGGAAGAAGGGCAGCCUGAUCUGAUGUACCGUCCACCACAUGACUUGAAGGUCGGCGUCUUCACCAAGGAGCUUAUCACGGACAAAAUGAUCUACGGUACAUUCAUGGGAUCUCUGUGUCUGGUGGCCUUUGUAUGCGUCAUCUAUGGAGCCGGUGCUGGUAUUUCUGACCUGGGAGAGGAUUGCAACAAUGGCUGGAACGAAACCUGCGACGUCGUCUUCCGAGCACGUGCCACAACCUAUGCCUCACUGACAUUUCUUCUGCUGAUCACGGCGUGGGAGGUCAAACAUUUCUCCCGGUCUCUGUUCAAUCUAGAUCCUGAUAAAUAUCCCGGCAAGCUCUCUGUGUUCCAGUCCAUAUGGAGAAAUCGUUUCCUGUUUUGGGCAGUGAUUGCCGGCUUCGUUGUGGCCUUUCCAGUGAUCUACUUGCCUGCCGUCAACAGACUGGUUUUCAAACAUCAAGGUAUCGGAUGGGAGUGGGGAAUUGUCUUCGGAUGUGUCGCUGUGUACCUGGCGCUUGUGGAAAGUUGGAAGGCAACCAAGAGGGCUUACGGGAUUGGAACCGGGAAGAACUCAAUGCUCACCAUGAUGGAUGCUGAGAUGAGAGCCGGUUUGACGCCAUCUACUCUUUUGUCGAUGAGUGCCAAUGCCAGCGUGGAGAUGAAGUAG